GUGACAGCCAAUGGCCAGAACAUGAAAACUGUUGCCACCGUGGCGUAGGCGGGCAUGUACACGUAUUCAAACCGUGGGAGACAGUUUCCUGUCUCGGACACUCGUUCCGAAAUACGCGCCCAAGGCCGUUCACUGUCAAGGUCAGACUUAGGUCAGAUUAGUCCAGCUCAGGAAGAAUGAAUCUACAUAUGCGCCACAGGAUCCCACUGGCACGAGCAACACUGAUACUAUCGGAGCUCUGGGACUGGGGAUCUCAUCCCGAAUUACCGUUGUCAGAGCUGGCAUGCAAAGCAUAACGUACGGCGUACACGUUGUGACGUUCGCGGCAUGCAAGUAUACCUGGUUCCAUCGCGCGCACAAGCCACACGUAUCGAGAUGCUGGCCGUGGAUGCUUGUUGCUAUUGCGUUCUUCGUCUUUGGCACCUGCGACGUCGCCUUCAACUUCUAUAACAACCUCAUCGCGUUCAUCUUCUACACUGGCCCGGGCGGCGCGAAUGCAGAGUUCGACCGCCUGUCGACUUGGGUGAAUGUCAUACGGAGCAUAUGGUUUACCCUCAACAUCGCCUUGUCUGACGCCGUCUUGAUAUACCGCUGCUGGCUUGUAUAUGCCCAUUCACCGCGGGCAAACCAGGUUGUUCGAACUCCGAAAACCCCUACGAACAUCGGUCCCGCCUGGAUACCUUUACGGACUCCGAAUAUUGUCAGAACAUGCUGCGAACAUGAUGCGUUUCAGCCGAUUUCAGCAUGUUCGGACAGUGUUGUGCCUCCGACCGACCGACUGCAGUUCCUGCGGACAGGAAUGGCCGGAGUCGGCAGCCGUAAUUAAUCCGGUCGGAUUUCCGACAGCUGUCGUCUUUCCCAGGGGUAUCAGCCACAGCUCUGAUUGGCUCAAUGGAACCGGCAUGUGACUCGAUCACGGGCGAUCGACGCGCAAGCGCAGUGCGCAAGUCGCGUGGUGUACGCGUUGUCCCUCGCGCGAUGUAUUGUAGUACCUUAUCAAUUUAGUCAAUCGCUCCGA